UGCGCCAUAGUCAAUAUGCUAAGCUUAAAGUUGUUUCGAGAACGUGCCAGACGCUUUCUAAAACUGCAAUUCGUGAAGACCUGGCGUAUCUUGCUUAGCUGUUAUUUUGCAAUCCGCACUGCAUUUGCUUGGGGCGCCGAAAAAUUGCACGCUUUCGGCGUGGACCUGGGUGAAGAGACAGGCAUAUUGGCGAUAAGUCUGAUUGCAAAUCGGCGUAUACAUCCAAUCGAGCGUUUCCUUUGGUUCGUCAUUGUUUUUGUAUCCACAUUUGCUGCGAUACAGAUAAGUGGUCUACAGUUGAAGCGCUAUACCAAUUCGCCGACAGUUAUCUCGGUGGAUCGUGAUUAUCGUGGCUGGCAUGGCCCGAUGCCAGCUGUUACGCUCUGCUACUACGACCAUAUUGACUCCUUCAAAGCGAAUGAGUAUAUACAGAAUCACUGGAAUGUGUCCAUUGUCGAUAAUGACUACUUCUAUUUUAUGGAUUUCCUUCAAGCUGUCGUCAAUGCAACAGCUAGUAACUACGUUGAUUUAGCGCGUUUCGCCGAAGAUGAACGUUUCGAUGAUGUGGAUCUGUCGGAGCUUGUGCUCGCAAUAUAUAGACCCUUUGAACAGGCAUUGACCAGUUUCGAUAAGCAAAAUGCUACAAUAAAAAUAAUGCCAGUUAUGACGGAACGUGGAUUUUGUUAUGCGAUAAAUUCGCCAAUGUCGGAAAUAUUGGCUGGCAGAAGCAUUGAUUACAAGGAUAUGAUACGACCAUUAUCCUGUGAAUAUGGCAAACAGCAGUGUUUCAUUAAAAUGGACUUGUACGAGAGUACAGGCACAGUCGAUGUUCAUUCGCCAUUUGAGGUCUCAGCAAGCGAUGCUAACAUUAUACCGCUGCAUAAGUCUGAUGAAAUAAUUGCCUUCUUCAAAGUGCUCGAAACAGUCGCUUCAGAUAAUUUGCGUGAUCUGGAUGUGGACCAAAGGAAGUGUGUCUUUCAUGAUGAGGAGACGUCGCAAUUGAAGGUAUACAGUAAGAGUUUGUGUUUGGUGCAUUGCCGCGCUGUUAUGGCUCUGGAGAUGUGUAAUUGUGUGCCAUUCUUCUACGCUUUUGUAGAAGGUCCCAGUUGUAAUCCUGCUGGUUUUGAAUGCCUACUGGACUUUAAGUGGCCCAUUUGGGCAUUGCAUAUUUGCAAAUGUCCAAGUACUUGUACAGAAAUAGAAUACACUGUACAAACUGUGAAAAAGAGUUUUUGGGGCAUCAAUAUGAAUGAAGAAAUUGUCAAUACAGAUUCAGUGACUUCCAGUUUCCGCUGGAAUCUAAUACCACCGAAAGUACGCAUGCGACGAGACGUCGUCUUUAGCUUCGAAGACUUAUUGGUUUCAUUUGGCGGCACUUUGGCUCUCUAUCUGGGCAUUUGUCUAAUAUCCAUUGUACGCUUUGGCUAUGUGAGCACCUAUCAUUUGAUAUUGGUGUUUGUGGAGUUAUUUGUUUGCGUGAAGGACUAUUGUGCGCGCUGCAUGAAAGUUUUAAAACGGAAAAAGUCCACGACAUUAGUGCGGGAAAGAUCGAGAAAUUGUCUGACUCUACACAAAAAGCGCCACACUAACGAUAUUAAUACUCGUACUAUUGAGAGGCCUGAAUUCGAAUACAUCAAUUGA